AUGUCACUGCGCUUUGUUGAAGCAUUUCAAAGUCCGGGAGCGCAAAGCGGUCGCCGGCUGAUCGCAGUAGAGUGUGCCAGUUCGGGCAUCGGGGCUAGGGCGGCUAUAGAGUUCGCUCGUCAUGGAUGUAAGCUGUCAUUAGGAGGGAGGAACAAGGAUAAUCUGGAGAUCGUUCGGUCGAAAUGUCAUGAAGUGCUUCCUUCCAGUUUUGAGAUACUGACUUCCGUUGGCGACAUCACAAAAGAUACAGACCGAAAGUCACUGGUUGAGAGGACUGUGGAGACGUUUGGCCAGAUCGAUGUUUUGAUUAACAAUGCUGGUCGAGGGGCAGGGCACACUUCAGAACUGUUCAGCCAGGUGGAAGCGGAAACUCUUGACGUCAUGUUCAGCAUCAAUGUCUUUUCCCACGUCCUCGUUACCAAACUGGCUAUACCACAUCUCAUUAAAACUAAAGGUUGUGUGGUGAACAUCUCUAGCGUGUGGAGUACCGUACCAGCAGUUGGUGCUGGUGUGUGCUGUAUGACAAAGGCUAGCGUCGAUAUGUUCACAAAGGUUUUAGCGGCAGAAAUGGCACAGUAUGGAGUUCGCGUGAACAGCAUCAACCCAGGUUCUGUACCCACCAACCUCACCCGAGGGCGGAAUGGACCAACAACGACUAGUCCAGGCGAUGAACCUGACAUAAGUGAGCUGAAUCAGAAGUAUUCUGAAUACUCAUUACCCAUGCAUCCACUUGGACGUCUGGGAAGUGUCUACGAUGUGUCACAUGCUCUUCUGUUUUUGUCCUCAGAAAAUUCCUCCUUCAUCACUGGACAGCACCUGUACGUAGACGGCGGUCGCUCUCUGCGUGGAGAAUACUUAGCAUACGUGUAAACGUCACCAGUUAAAUAAACGUUUUACGCCAUGCGUUAUUUUGGUUACACAUGGUUGUUUACACAUGUACGUGUCUUAACAAUUUCAAGACAUACGAUUGGCUGCUCUUAGGUGAUGACUAGGGCACCAAUACAAUACACCCAAUAAAAAAACUACAUGAUGGAAAUCGAUUACACUGUGAUGUAUAGUUAUCCUGACAGUCGUGGUCUGUGAUACGUAAGUCAGCUACAAGUGCAACGGCUGUAAAUAACUUUUAGUCGAAAAAGAUGUUAAAAUUCGCUUAAAACCUGGGCUUUGAGGAUAUGUAAGAAAUAGAAUAAUAUAUUCGUGUCCGUUAGGCCCCGUAUCCAUAGUCUGUUCCCUUGUGAACUUGUGACCUUGUGGCGUUGUGUCCUCGUGACCUGGCCUUGUA